AUGAUGAGGAGAGGAGCGAACAUGAAUUGUAGUUUCAAUAAUGAAAGCUCAUUAACUAAUCAACAGCUAAAUAAUAAUCAUAGUAUGAUUAAUACUAAACAUAAGAGAAGAGGUAAAACUACUACCGAUAUCAAUGAUACAACAUCAGAGUACAAUCUAGAAGAAAUGAUCGAUUUUAUUCGUCAGAACCCUACAACAGCACUUGAUGUGCACAGACAUCUUACUCAAGCAGCACAGCGGAUUAAUCCAAAUUUCAACCUGCCAAUUGAAUCUUCUACACUUCAAACGCCAAAACGAAAUUUGGAUACGAGUGAAAAUGACGAUGUUCAAGUACUAAAAUAA